AUGCAAUUGACAUCCCUUGCCGCCGUUGCGCUCCUUGCACACAAUGUUUAUGCCCAAUCAAUGCUUCGUUUUGCAUGCUCACAGCUUGUUGUUGAGCGUCUUGACCCUCUAGUCAACCCCGGAGCAAACCCCUCUCCUCACCUUCAUCAGAUUGUUGGCGGUAACUCCUUCAACUACUCCAUGCCUACAGACAGCUAUGACCCAGCUGCGCUAUCUACUUGCACAUCUUGCACAUUUGCAGAGGACUUCUCUAAUUACUGGACCGCCGUUUUAUACUUCAAGGCCCGCAAUGGAACAUUUAAGCGUGUUAAUCAAAUCGGUAAUGGGGGUCCUCAAGGGAGCCUUGUCCAGAAUGGUGGCAUAGACAUCUACUAUAUCCCACCGUAUGAUGGGCAAACCAAGGUUACAGCUUUCAAACCAGGUUUCCGUAUGCUUGCUGGAAACCAGAUGUUACGUAGCGGCCAGAACGUAGAGCGUGGAAUCUGCCACCGUUGCUUCCCCAAGAAUGCCCAGCCAUUUGGAGGUGCCCCUUGCAGUGGCAGUGAUAGUAGUGCACUACCAAACGGCGUCUGCGAGGGAGGUAUUCGUACUACCAUUACGUUCCCAACCUGCUGGGAUGGGGUGAACGUUGACAGCCCUGACCAUAAGAGCCAUGUUGCUUACCCAAGCGGAUCUUUUGAAAUGAAUAGCCCUUGCCCCUCGACUCACCCUGUUAAACUUCCUCAAGUUAUGUACGAGAUUUUGUGGGAUACUGCACCAUUUAACGAUAAGAAUAUUUGGCCUACGGAUGGCUCGCAACCCUUUGUCUAUAGUCAGGGUGAUGGCACCGGACAUGGACAACAUGGCGACUACGUCUUUGGCUGGAAAGGGGACUCCUUACAGCAAGCUUUGGAUGCCAAGUGCAAUCUUGACAAGUGCUCCAAGCUUACGUCUCAGACUCCACAGCAAGCCAUGCAAUGCACCAACAAGCAAACUGCCGUCGAGCCCGUGGAUGGAUGGCUCCCACAACUUCCUGGAAACCUGCCUGUUACUUAUCAGUGA